AAAGAUUGUUUCGUACCGCUAAACAAUCUUUGAUGGAAACCAUCGCCGCGCGCGGCGCUAUACUAUCUUUGAUGGAAACCUUCGAAGAGAAUGCAUUGCUAAUUUUAGCGGGCUUAAAUUGGCGUUGUUGCCAACAUUCGAUGUAAAUUUUGAUAAUGUACAGCAUACUGUUCAAGCAGGAGCAGGCCCACUCGGACAGCAUCUGGAGCUGUGCAUGGGUGAAAAGCGACAAAGAUGGCACAGAGAAUAUCGUGACUGGCUCUGUAGAUGACCUGGUCAAGGUUUGGCAUUGGACUAACGAUGACCUGAAGCUGAAAUGGACACUGGAAGGCCACCAGCUGGGCUUAGUGUCAGUUGACAUCAAUCCAACAGGAACAAUUGCUGCUUCCAGCUCCUUGGACAGCAACAUCCGUCUGUGGGACCUGGAGGUGGGUAAGCAGAUGCGUAGCCUGGAUGCGGGGCCGGAGGAUGCCUGGACCAUCAUGUUCUCGCCAGACGGCCGGUUUCUGGCCACAGGGAGCCACACAGGGAAGGUCAACCUGUUUGGUGUGGAGAGCGGGAAGAAGGAAGCGUCGUUAGACACCAGGGGCAAAUUCAUCCUCAGUAUCGCCUUUAGCCCAGACGGCAAGUACAUAGCCAGUGGGGCCAUUGACGGCAUCGUCAAUCUGUUUGAUCUUCAGACCAGCAAACUACUGCACACAUUAGAAGGCCAUGCUAUGCCUAUCAGAUCGCUGUGCUUCUCCCCUGAUUCACAGCUUCUGGCCACUGCAUCGGACGACGGCCAUCUUAAAGUUUAUGACGUACAACAUGCCAACCUAGCCGGUACACUCUCCGGUCACAGUUCCUGGGUGGUCAGCGUCCACUUCUGCCCCGACAACACGCACUUUGUUUCCAGCUCUUCUGACAGCACCGUGAAAGUUUGGGAUGCAGGAGCAAGGCAGUGUGUAGCUACAUUCUAUGACCACUAUGACCAGGUCUGGCAAGCCAAGUACAACGGGAAUGGAUCAAAAAUAGUAUCGGUGUCGGAUGACAAAGCCAUUCAUAUCUACGACUGCCCCUUAUAGUACAUGUCUGAACACUCGCUAAGAGUCACAUCCUGUACGGGAACCACAUCACCACACCGAAGUUCCUGGAAAUUGUUUGCAGAUGGUUUUUUAAGUUUUGUUUUUCACAAUGAAACUGAUUCUUUCAGCAUUGUGCAUGUUAUUUUUUUACACAAACAUCUGUCAGGAUCACAUCUUUAUAAUUCAUCCUUUUUUACUUUAGGCGUUUGAACAUUCCUGUUCCAAGUGAAGAUCUGGUUUUACGGCCCUUACACGCAAAAAAAGCUAUAAUGAGCUCAACUUUGUUAUAUUGUAUCAUAAAGGGGCGGUACCCAGUACUUAUGGGCCUAAAAUCUCUGCAUUUUGUUGGGAACGAAUGUCCAACACACAAUGCAGAUGAAACAAUUGAGUCUGCGGUUCAUGUUUAUAGGAUAAAGCUGACACGAAGCAACAUCUUGAAGCUUGCUUUACAGCUGAACAAAAUGUAACCAAAUUCAACCGCUUUUCUUAGCUGUAGUGUGCCUCGUUUUCCUUCGUAAACACCAGAGCCAGCAGGUGUAGGUCAAGAACAACAACUGUGCACAUUGUCUCUAACUUAGCAGGAUACUGCAAGUUGAUUGGCCAGUAUGUGCAGCACCUUGCCACUAGGCUGGCAAAGAGAGAUGUGCCUAUUCUGAUGAGUUCUGUGAACACAUGCCACAGGUAUAGUCUAUUAAUCCAAGUCAUAACUGCAGUGGUGCCACGCUCAUGCGUGAAAACUGCACGUGUUGAAUACCUCUUUGAGUGACAGGGUGUUGUGACUUACCAAAACACAUGCGUCGAGUUUCAGAGCGCACUCAUUGCCGUUGCAGUAAUCCGUACAACCACUAUGUGCAGGCACACCGUAAGGCAUAUACAGACCCAAACAUAGUCCGUUAACAGUGUCCUGUGUAUGUACAGUGACUACAAAUGUUAGAGAUCACAGAGUUGCACUACAUGCACAAUGUACUUUCUUGACACACAAAGAAAGAAUCCUCGAACAUUUCUCAUUCAAAAUUGUAACCAGACUUUUUGGUAUUAAAGGGAUUAAGGCCGUGUCCGAAAUGGACUUCCAGAGCUAUGGCUAGGUCUAAUGUCUAUGCAUCUCUGCACAUUUCCAAUGGA